AUGAAAAGCAUGGGAAGGACCCUCCAUACUGAUAUACCGAAGUCUGCCAUUCACGACAAACAAAACAUGACCAGCGGAGAUAAAAUCAAUAGCCAUUCACCAAUUAAACUCCCGCUGUAUCGUAGGUUCACCACGCUAUCAAUCCUUCUUCACUGCAGUUCUAUUAUUCUAUUACCGUGCCUAUACUUCUACUUGUGGACUUUCGAAUCUUUGUGGCCUUUUCUUAUCGUUUAUUCUGUUUAUACUUAUAUAUUGGACGACACACCAACGACAGGUGCAUCGAUCUACAGAACCUCAACAUUUUGGAGAACACUUUCAAUCUACAAAGGAUUCAUUGAUUACUUUCCAAUAAUUACUCAUAGAACGGUGCCUCUACCUCCCACCUUAGAAGAAAAAACAGUCAAAAAAGUCUGUCUUCCCUCCUGGACACGAGCAUUACCCAAUACCGUGAUCAGAUUCCUAAAAUAUUCAGGUCUUAUCUCAGAAAAGGAAAGAACUGUUAUCAGUGAAGAAGCUAUUGGACCGCGGUAUAUAUUUGCAUGUCAUCCACAUGGUGUUAUUUCUCUGGGAAUCACAGGACUGCUUUGCUGGGGCGGCAAAUCCCAAAUCACAAAAACAAAAAUCACAGAAGGAGUAAAUUUCAGUCUAAAAGACUUUGAAAUUGAUAACCCAAAAGAUGUGGAGGAUGAUAGCCAGACUACUCACCAUAUACUGCUGUCGUCAAAGUCGUUUGCUUCAUUGUUCCCUGGCAUUAAGACGCAUCUUCUAACGAUUUCGACACAGUUUUUACUACCUUUCUACAGAGAUUAUAUUAUGGCUUUAGGGGUCGGUUUAGUAACAAAGAGUGGAAUUGCAUCCUUACUGAAGAAAAACCGCAGUGUUGCUAUCGUUAUCGGCGGAGCCCAUGAGUCAUUACUUGCUAAACAAGGUAGCAACAAAAUAGUACUGAACAAACGUAAAGGCUUCAUUAAAAUUGCACUACAAAAUUGUAAUAGAAGCGAUACAGUUUCCAACCUCACAGAAGAACAAAUCGAUCAGAAGGUUAUGGAUGGUAAAUGGAAUUGUGAGAUGAGCAAUAUAGCUAUUGUUCCCACAUAUAUAUAUGGAGAAAACAAUAUUCACAAUGUAUUCAAUACAACCGAAUACACUCAGCAGACUCCUGGACAGGAAAAUGAAAAAUCCAAGCUACUAAAUUUACUUUUGAAAAUGCAAUUGCGUUUAAAAAACCUGACAGGUUUUACUAUACCUAUUGUGAAUAGCCGCUCAAUAUUCAAUUAUGAUUUUGGGUUGCUGCCCUACAGGCGCAAAGUUGAUAUUGUCGUUGGAAAACCUAUUUAUAUAACAAGAAAAUUUGGUUCUAAUGUCGGAGAUGAAGUUACUCAGGAAGAAAUUGACUAUUUCCACUCCCUAUAUAUAGAGCAACUAAUGAGGCUAUGGAAAGAUAACAGAAUGUUUUGUUCUCCUACUGAUGAAGAGCUCAGCAUCGUUUACUGA